UCCCGACCUUUGGUCAGGCAAAGGAGGCGGCCAACAAGGACGAGCGAUGGUGACCAAGGUCAUCUGCUUCCUGGUGCUCGCAUCCGUGCUCCUCGCCGUCGCUUUUCCCGUGUCUGCUCUGCGGCAGCAGGUGAAGAAGGGCGGCGGCGGUGAAGGCGGAGGCGGAGGCAGUGUUAGCGGAAGCGGAGGCGGCAACCUGAAUCCCUGGGAGUGCUCGCCCAAGUGCGGGUCGCGGUGCUCCAAGACGCAGUACAGGAAGGCCUGCCUCACCUUAUGCAACAAGUGCUGCGCCAAGUGCCUCUGCGUGCCACCGGGGUUCUACGGCAACAAGGGCGCCUGCCCCUGCUACAACAACUGGAAAACCAAGGAAGGAGGGCCCAAGUGCCCCUAGAAGAUCCACCGCAGCUCCCGUCCGCCAUUGUCCCCCCUUCUCCGAAUCUGGAACGUGUUGUUCAUCUUCGACCACCCCCUAGGCUUGGCAUUUUAUUACUAGUAUAAUGCUAGUGUCCGCCCGUUGCUUAAUCUGGAAUGCUACCAGCCAGAUCUCCAUGCUCUCCUGUGAGCCACUCGGCAGAGUGAGGAUUACUAGGUAGGGUGGCAUGUCAUGUGCUCCACCCUCCACUGGUACGAGUCAAUCAACUAAAGCUACCCCCGGAUUGAUGAGGAACAUCCCGCGCGAUUAGUGGGGCAUGUCAUUACAUUCAUCAGCUUCUAUAUAUAAACUAGAUAAACUUUUUAUCA